AUGCCUGGGCCAUCCUGGACCCCAGGCACACUUGGUCCAAAGGGUCGUGGGCCCACCCUGGUGCUGGCACUCCAGCAGCGAGACCGCGUGCGUUUUCCUGGUGGCCUCGUCUGGCACCCACGGCCCGGCCGCCUGGCUGUGGUGUCUGGGUCAGUUCCUCAUGAGGGCGUCUCUGUGGUGGGGGCCCUGGGGAACCACCCACUGCUGGGGGCCUGCUGGCAGCCUCCCUUCCAAGGGGAGCUCCCGGGUGCUGUGCAGGCAGCGUCCAGUCUGCACACCCCGCGGACCCCUCCCACCAGCAAAGUGAUCAAGACCCGCUACCGCAUCGUCAAGAAGACCCCAGUAUCUCCUCUCAACGCCCCCCAGUUACCCCUGUCCCUGCCCUCCUGGCGGGCACGGCGGCUCUCCCUGUCCAGGUCUCUGGUGCUGAACCGCCUGCGCCCCGCUGCCGGGGGUGGGAAGGCCCAGCCCAGCUCUUCUCGGUGGCGGAAUAAAGGCUACCGCUGCAUCGGGGGCGUCCUGUACAAGGUGUCAGCCAACAAGCUCUCUAAGACCUACGGCCGGCCCGGCGACAGCGGCAGCAGGCCCCUCCUGCGCACAGGCCGCGUGGACCCUACCAGCAGCUGCAGCCGCUCCCUGGCCAGCCGGGCCGUCCAGCGCAGCCUGGCCAUUGUCCGGCAGGCGAGGCAGCGGCGGCGGAAGCAGCAGCAGGAGUACUGCAUGUACUACAACCGCUUCGGCAGGUGCAACCACGGCCAGCACUGUCCCUACAUCCACGACCCCGACAAGGUGGCCGUGUGCACCAGGUUUCUCCGGGGCACGUGCAAGAAGACAGAUGGGACGUGCCCCUUCUCCCACCACGUGUCCAAGGAGAAGCCCCUGCUCCUCCAGACACCAACCCCUCCUGGCCUGUCCACUGUGGCCCUGCUGCUUGGAAACCGGGCAGUCUCAGAGCAGGUGACGGCACAUGUGGAGAUGCCUGUGUGCUCCUAUUUCCUGAAGGGGAUUUGCAGCAACAGCAACUGUCCCUACAGCCAUGUCUACGUGUCCCGGAAGGCAGAGGUCUGCACAGACUUUCUCAAAGGCUACUGCCCACUGGGCGCAAAGUGCAAGAAGAAGCACACACUGCUGUGCCCUGACUUCUCCCGCAGGGGCCUCUGCCCCCGGGGCGCCCAGUGUCAGCUGCUGCACCGAGGCCAGACGCGCCUCGGCCGGCGGGCAGCCCCCACCCCGGAGCCCGGCAGCGCGCCCCCCAGGAGCAAGGCCUCCUCCAGCCACGGACCCAGGAAGUCCUCGGCUGCCCAGCGCCCCGCCAGACAGACGCCCAGCUCCCCUACCUCCGUGGCUGCUGGCUCGGCCUCCCCUCCCUCCUCC